AAAAAAAAAAAAAAUAACUCCCCUUGUUUCUCUUUAUUUUUCCCCUCCCUAUAGACUGUUGUCUCUCCUCUUUUUCUUUCUUUCUUUUCUCUCUCUAUUGAGCGCGUGUACCCUAUGAUAAGAAUACAGCGUCUUGUAGUGUAUAUUCUAUUUCUCGUGUUAUUUGUGCUUGCCACGAUAACUUUAUUGCCUCAUCUCGAACAAGACUCGCCCGCUUUUCAAAACACAGUAACUAAGAAACAAAAGAAACCUGAUCCUAACGAAGAGCGAUAUCUAUCAUGGUUUCCUCACAGUGGCUUCCCUGAGCAACAAGAAGCAUUUAGAAACGCUCUUCGUCUUGCUCUCGAAACAAAGCGUACUAUCAUUGCACCUAUGCUGAGAAUCAAUCACACGUACCCAUGGUUACCAUUUGAAGACUUGGCUAAACGCUAUGAAGCUCAAGACAAGACGACACUGCUUUCAUUAUGUGAAUCCAACCAACAGAACUGGCAAACUGAGUUGGAACAUUGUGAGACAAUCAAUAACUGGAUUGAAAUUCCUUGGUCAAGCAUCAUGGAUCUAGACAUCAUUCAACAAGAAUACGGUAUUCGCAUUAUUGAGCGUACACAAGGACACGGUUGGGGUGUUCAUGAAUCAGCUUUAGGAGGCAACAUUGACCCUGACGAUGUGGCCAUUGUUGAUGUCAUGACAUUUAAAGAAAAUGGUACAGAUUGGGAACACCCAGAUGAAGAAGCACUGCUCAAAAUGAAACAUCAAGACCGCCUCAGUCAAUGGAUUCAAUCGCACCUGAAAAAGACAGAAAAACUGACAGAACCCCUUAAAUUCGUAUUGGAAACCGAGCGAUUACUUGCCAUGGACGCUAAAAUCAUUCAGUUUGGUGCUCUUAGCUCAGCUGCUCGCUAUCCUACCACACCCUCAGAGAUUCAGCAACAAUUACGCAAGGCAAUGAUGAAGACACGAUUUAAUGUGCCUGAUCAUUUAUCUGCAUUGACUGCUCAAGCAGACAAAAUUGUUGAAGCAUUAGGAGGUCGAUUCCAAUACAGUACCUUGAUCUUGAAUCUUUCUAAGCUUGUUGCUCUUGAUGCCCGUGCUGGCACUCUUCAAAAACUCGCUGUGGAUGGUAAUGUACUUUCAAAAGAAGAAGAGGAUAAAUUGGUCGCACAAGGACCUACCAGUAUGGAAGAAUUAAAUGAACGAUCAAGAAAGGAAUUGAUGGAUGCUGUUGUGCUUGAGAUCUUUGGUGAUAUUCCUAUUAACCAAGCAGUCUCGGCUGCUAUGCCAAUCAAACCAACCUCUAAACUAGCCAGUCUUUUAAACUCAGGCCCAUUAUCUAAUUCUAACGAUAGACAUCAAUUGCUAAAGGCCUGUGUGGAUUACCAUAAAAAUGUUGAGCACCGUUACCCUAUCUAUUACCUGAUUAACGACAUGGAACUUGCACCAGAAACACGCCCUGAUAUCUUUGGUCCCCUUUUGGAGAUGUUUCCUUGUAUCUUUUCUAAAUCUGAUAUGCUUCAAUGGGGUAUUCAGACCACCCAUUGGUCUGCAGGUCAACCUGGUCUGACAGAUACGCGUGUUGAUUACGAAAAAUUAUUCCAACCUCUUCUUGAUAUCCUGAUUGCAGGAAAAGGCUACUCAUUUUUCGAAAUCCCAACCACGCCUUUAACGCGUUUCCUGAAUUGGAGUCCUAAACCAUAAAACUUGACUCUAUCCUCACAUCAUGAUGUGAAAAAUCACGAAUGAUAAUAAAGGGUAUGGGUUUGUGAUGUCAUGAUUAGAUCAGAUUAUUGUCAUGUCAAUGCUAUAUAAAACAAUUAUUUCUUGUCCUUUUUUUUUCAUC